AGGAAGGAAGCCGCAUCACGGGGGCGGUCACACCCAAGGUUUCCGGGGCGGAAGUCGCCGGCGACGAGAUGCUCGUCGAUGCCCGCAGCGAGAUGCUCGGCGGCGCCCCUCCAGAGUCCGCGCGCCUCACUGAUGGGUGUCUGAUGGAUGCCCGCAAGAAGAUUGAACACGAGAUCGAAAGUAAAGCCAAGGCGUCCUUGAAAGAAGGGUUAGGUCAAGAGCUUAAAACUCCACACCCAGGUACAUAUAUUGAAGAUGAAGAAGGGAACCCUGGUAGUGAUAGGAAUGAAGAAGGGAGACAUCAGUGUGUGGAAGAUAUUGAUUUAGAUGAGAGAGGCUAUGAUGUCGAGAUCACCGACACUGAAGCAUCAGACGAUUUGCUGUAUGAAGAAGUUCUGACGGUGGUCCGUUGUCUUGAUUUUACUGAUUUUGGCUCAAUUCAAAUCCCAUCUUUGAUGCCCAGAAUAUGUGUCUGGAAGGGAGAUAUGGUCAAGCAUUUAAGUGACAUGACCAUUGGAAGAGAUGGAAAGUAUGGAUGUCUCACAAUAAAAGAAGUAUCAGAAACCUGCUACAAGGAUGGAACAUACGAGUGGGCAAGUACGAUUAAGAAUUCAAAUUUCAGGAAAGCGAUAAACAAUGUUGCACGGAAUUCUUUGUCUGACAAGGUCAAAGAGGAUAUCUUCCUCGCUUACGAAAACCAUAUGAAGCAUGAAGACCUAAAUACUUGCAUCAAAGCUAAAGGGCUUCUGCUAGACACGAUCCGCAUCAUAACCAAUGCCUCUGGUGAAUCAGGUGAUACAGUUAAAGUGGGCUCAACAGGAACUGAAGUGAAUGCAAGCCAAUAGUCCAACAACUCAGGAGACACUGUCAAACUACAAUCAACUGAACUUCAAGAGGGAAAUGAUGGAGGUGUGUCACC